AGUGCAGAGGCUCCAACAAUAGAAAGCAGGCAGAGGUGGUUUCACAUGGAUUAUCAGCAGGAGCUGGGUUCCUUCUCCAGCCCUCGUUUUGCAGACAGGACUUUCUGUUAUCAGCUCGAUUUCUAAUACGGAUAAGAGAUUUGUCCUGUAGGUUGAUCUGAUUUUGGAGGAAUCUUUGGGAUUCUGAUCUGUUCCAUCCUCAAGCUGCAUUUCAGCAAUGAGAAGAAGUCAGUAGAGUGGAGUGGAAUAGGAAUAGGUGGAAGAGAAAAGUGACAGAAUUACAGGAAUACCUACACAACCCAGCAAAGGAUGGAAAAAUAAACCCAGUAUUUGAUAAGUUUGGCAGUCGCAGGUGAUUGUGGAGUGAGUGAAGAUGCCACUGGUGAAGAGGAGCAUCGAGCCGAGGCACUUGUGCCACACGGCUCUGCCCUGUAAUAUUAAAAAUGAGCUGGAGUGUGUCACGAACAUUUCGCUCGCCAACGUUAUACGCCAGCUCAGCAGCCUCAGUAAAUAUGCAGAGGAUUUGUUUGGGGAGCUUUUUAAUGAAGCGCAUGCCUUCUCGUUUCGAGUCAACUCCUUGCAAGAGCGAGUGGACCGUCUGUCUAUUAGCGUGACACAGCUCGACCCUAAAGAGGAGGAGUUAUCUCUUCAGGACAUCACCAUGAGGAAAGCAUUUCGCAGCUCCACCAUUCAGGACCAGCAGCUGUUCGAUCGUGAGUCUCUGCCCAUCCCGAUGCAGGAGACAUACGACCUCUGUGAACAGCCUCCACCACUCAACAUUCUCUCGUCCUAUAGGGAUGAUGGGAAGCAGGCCCUGAAGUUCUACACCAACCCAUCCUACUUCUUCGACCUGUGGCGAGAGAAGAUGCUGCAGGAUACAGAGGACAAGAGGAAGGAAAAAAGAAAGCAGAAGUCCGAACAGCUCGAGGUGCCUUAUCUAACUUUUCUGCAGGGAUUCAUGGGUAGCCCCCAUGAGCCCCUUCCUUUCAUGCCUGAGUUACAGGAUCCUCGCUUGUAUGAUCAGGUCUAUAAGUAUUUAGACCUCCCAGGGCAGCUGAAGAACAUUGAUCGUCCUGCAGAGCCAGAGAAGAUACCACGAGCUCCUCAUGAUCGCAAAAAGGAGUGGCAGAAACUGGCUUUAGGAGCAGAGCUGGCUGUGGAUGACCCUGAAGAUAAACACAAAGACGCUAGCAAUGGCUUGGCACCCUACCAUGACCCCAGGCAAAUGUACAUGGAUCAUCUGGACGGUUCGUUCUCUCUGGCCGCUUUGCCGUACUCUCAGAUGAGUGAUCUGAUCAACCGCACGGGAGAGCGCAUGUACGGCCGACCUCACGAGCCUCCACCGCCUCCACCUUCUCACCCUGCAGACAUCAAGCCUGCCUCUGCCAUCAGCUCCAGUUCAGGUUUCUCCGAUAGUCGUCCUCAGUCUCCGGCUCGCACUCCUGUCUUCUUGAACCCCAAUGCUCCACCCCCUCCUCCUCCCCACUUCCCCACCCCUCCUCUCCCAUCCACCACAUCAGGUUCGAGCAUGCGCAGCACACCGCCACCCCCCAUCCCACCAUUACCUCAGCAACCCCUCGCCAUCCCCCCUGCUCCUGCACCCCUUCAAAUUGCCCCUGGUGUAUUACACCCUGCCGCUCCUCCCGUGGCUCCACCUCUUCAUUCAUCUCCAGCCCGUCUACAGCAGGAUAAAGUCUUGCUCCCUGGAAUGGGAGACGGCGCCGUCUUACCUCCUCCUCCCCCACCGCCUCCUUUGCCCCACCCAGGGGCUCGGAGCUCCCCUACAUGUCAGCCUCCGGGUCCGCCCCCUGUGCCUUCAUUUCCUGUUUCAUCUCCGUCCACUCACUCGGGUCACGAGGUCAAGAGACAUCCGUCAAACCUGCCUCCGAUCAGCGACGCUCGCAGUGUCCUAUUAGAAGCCAUUCGUAAAGGUAUCCAGCUAAGGAAGGUCGAGGAGCAAAGGGAACAAGAGGCCAAGCACGAGCGUGUGGGCAACGACGUAGCCACUAUCUUGUCCCGGCGCAUCGCCGUGGAAUACAGCGACUCCGAAGACGACUCCGAGUUCGACGAGGUCGACUGGAUGGAGUGAGAGGAAAAAGAAAAAAAAGGAGAUCAAAAUUUAGGAGGGAAUGAUUAAGAAAUUACAGUUUGAAGAAAAAAAAAAAGAAUCAAAUAAACGUGUCUUGUUUUGUCUCUGUCCCGCUUUCACGGUUCUCCAUGUGGUAUGUUUAAGGGACUCUUCGGAUUGUUUUUCAAGAGUGUUGUUUUUUUUUAUAUACAACUCAUGUUCUCGAGGUCUUCGCUCCGAUUCGACGGGAAAAAUCUUCGAUGUUGUAGCUCAUUUCAAGAGGGGACCACAAAGAUCGCAAAGAUCCACUGUUUAGUGUUGCGUGUAACGAUACAACGCAUCGUUUGCAUCUUAUUCAAUUCCAAGGCAAUGCUGCCAUCAUCUGGUUUAUUGUUAUUUUUUAUUUCUUCUUAUUAUUUUUUUUACACGUAUGAGAAAGACGUUUCACAUUUUAAAUAGGCCAGUAAUUGCCUACGUGAAAUGAUGGCAUGGACGGUAAAAAAAAAAAAAAAGAUUUUUUUGUUCAUCUAAUAAUUUUACAUAUCUUUGAGCAAUAUGUAGUGUCACAGUAUCAUUAAAAAAAAAAAAAAAAAAAGGAAAAUAUGUGUGUAAAAUGCUUGUUUUUCUGUAAAGAUAUGAACAAAAAUGCAAAACGGUGCUGACAGAUAAGGCAAAAUGUUAUGCUUUUUUCAGGGUUCUGGUUUUCCGAGGGCUCGACGUGGUGUGUUUAAAAAAAUCAAGGAAUCAGACCACUACAGUAUCAACUCACUGUCUCCUUAAAGGAAAGAUCUGGCCAUACAUUUCUCCUUCUCCUGCCUUACGGUUUUGUAUAGACGUGUUGUUAAGUUGAUGAAUGUACUGUGCUGUUACUACUUUUUGCCUGCAUUUCUAAACAUUAGCUGUUUCUAUGUUCCAGAUGGAAAAAUAAAAGAAGGAAGAAACAAAACAAAAAAAAUCCUGAUUUUAAGGUGUAACUUAUGUAACUGUUUAAUGUAACAGUUCGCUCGACUUAAUAAAAGCUAAUGUUCUGUUA